AUGCGUCCAUUGACAAAGAAGAGGCCCAAGAAUAAGGUGGUUUCCAAGAUGCAAGCUAAGGAACCACAGGACAAGAUACAUCAGCCUGUCAGCAAAGUAAUCGCGCGGAACCGACUUAAAAUGGUAUUAAAACACUUGUCGCUCUUGAAGAUGCUCAAAAGCUCGAACCCUCGGAUCCAAGAACUGCAUAACCUGGCCAGAAGGUGUUGGAAUUCACUGCUCAGGGUUCCAAAGAUCCUGGGGCUCUCCUCUGGGUACGAUAAUGUCUGUGAUGAAGUGGAACAAAAUAACAAAGAGCUCCAGGAGGAGGCUGGGUGUUCCUACCAGAAGCUGGACUCCAAGAAAUUAAAGCUCACAGGGGAGCCUGAGGAGCGUGAGGAGUCGAGGCCCAGGGCAGAGGAAGCUGUGUCACAGAAAGAGGAGCAAGUGGAGCCUGAGGCCCCAACGACAUCGAGGGGUCACGGCCUGACCACGGGUCCCAGAGCCCAGGCAAGGCAGCCUCCCACUGGGGACCCCCAAGUCAUCUUCCGGAAGACCCACCAGGACAGAACUCCCGUGAAGGAUGUGAAGCAGCCGGAAACAGUGAACCAGCGGGUCUGGUUUGAGGGGCUGCCCACACGGGUCCACCUCCCAGGGCCUCGGGUGAUGUGCAGAUCCUCCGCCUUGCGCUGGGUCAAGCGCUGCUGCACCCGCUUCUGCUCGGCGUCACUGGAGAUGCCGAUGGUCCAUCGGUACAAGGUGUGA